AAGUAACUGGGUAUUGUCGACAACAGACUCAGCUGUAGCAUUUAGAGCAUUUAGAAUCAUCAGGCUUGAAACGCCCCUUUUCACAUGACAACAAGCUCUUGUCAAAAUAAUUUAUUUACUUAAUAAAAAUUAUAUAAAUAAUAACAAUAUAUAUUUAAUUAAUUUGCAAUAGUGCAAUAGUGCAUCUGAAUUUUUAAAAUUUUUCAUUAAGUUUAUAAUAUUCUUGGUUGAGUUAAAAUAUCAAUUAGCUGUGAGGAAAAGGUGGAAUUUAGUUUGUUUGUGAUUACCAAGAGAAUUUCGAAAAAAAAUCGAAAUGCCUGCUCCAGCAGAAGCUGCUGCUCCGGAGCCACCGGUUCCAAGGACAGAACUCCAGGAGUUACAAUUAAAAGCUGGACAAGUUACCGAUGAGUCUCUGGAGAGUACAAGGCGUAUGAUGGCGCUUUGCGAAGAGAGCCACGAGGUCGGGAUGAAAACUCUCGUAAUGCUGGACGAGCAAGGCGAACAACUGGAUCGAAUUGAGGAGGGUAUGGAUCAAAUAAAUGCUGAUAUGAAAGAGGCAGAAAAAAAUUUAACUGGAAUGGAAAAAUGUUGUGGUCUUUGUGUUUUACCUUGUAACAAGGGUGCAAGUUUUAAGGAGGAUGAAGGAACGUGGAAGGGAAAUGACGAUGGUAAAGUUGUUAAUAAUCAGCCACAACGUGUGAUGGAUGAUCGUAAUGGUCUUGGUCCACAAUCUGGUUAUAUAGCUAGAAUAACAAAUGAUGCACGUGAAAAUGAAAUGGAAGAUAAUAUGGUACAGGUCAAUACUAUGAUCGGUAAUUUAAGAAAUAUGGCAAUUGACAUGGGUAGUGAACUUGAAAAUCAAAAUCGACAAGUUGACAGAAUUAAUCGCAAAGGUGAAUCCAACGAGACAAGAAUACAAGUUGCUAAUGAACGAGCUCAUCAAUUACUCAAAUAAAUUGUCAAUAAAUUUGAGACAAAUAAAACAGCUUGAUUAUUAAGUUUUUAAAAAAAAAUAAAUAAAAUUAUUUACCUGCAUUAUAACUCGCAGUUGUUUACGUAAUUUAAAUUAAACAAUUCAUAAUUUUAAAAAACGUAAAAAUAAUUUAUUCUUAUUUUUAAUAUUAAAAAUAAAAUAAAAAAAAAUUUAAAAAAUAAUAAAUAAUUUUAAUAUUAUUGCGGUUAAUUAAUUUGUUUAUUAAUUAAAUCUAUAAUAAUUAUAAAAUAAAAGUAUUUAAAAUUUAAAAAAAUAUAGAUAAUUUAUUUAAAAUCCUUGAUAAAUUUAUUGGCAAUUUUUUUGUUUUAAUAUAUUUAAAAGAUUUUUAUUUAUAAAUGUUGUAAUUAAUUUAUAAAUAUUCAUCGUUGUAAUAAUAUCGUAAAAUUAUUAUAUAGAUAUUUAGAUAAAUUACUAAAAUGGUCGAAAAAAAAUUAAUUAUUAAAAAUUAUGCACAAAGAUAAUAUUCAAAUGAAAAAAAAAUAUAAAUUAAUAAAAAAAUAAUAGUUAAAUUAAUCAACAUUAAAAAAUGGUGAUAGAUGAAUUAUUUAAACAAUAUUAUAUUGUUAAAAAAAAAGUAAAAAAUAUCGUUAAUUAUUUAACUUGAAUUAUCAGCAAUUAAUAAUUAAUUAAUUAAAAAAAAAAAUCGUAAAUUGCUUCAAUUAUGCCGUAUGAUUGUUAUUACAGAUAAAUUAUUUUUUUUGUUUAUAAAUAAAUUUCUAGUACAUGUCUAUAUAUAAAUGUGAAUCGAUAAAUAUUUUUUUUUUUCUUUAAAAAUGCAAUAAUUAUUAAUAAUUAACCAGUCGUGCUAGAAUUAUAAAAUUAAUAAAUUAAAAAAUGGCCUUUUUAGCAGCUGAUUAUUGAAUUUCUAUUUGCACAUUUAAAAAUGCCUAUUAUUAUAAAAUUUACUGUGCAAUAAAUUAUGAAAAAAAUUAAAAAAUAUAUGAAUACAGUACCUGUACAACGUAAAAUUGAAAAAAUAAACACCAUCAAAGUACUUGCGUUUAAAGAAUAAUUAAAAAAUAUAAAACAAAAUGAAAAUGAAACAUAUCGCUCUCGAUAUAUAUCUGUUGAAGAAAAAAAACCAAUUAUAAUAAAAAAUAUAAAUUUAUGCACUUGAUUUUUGUACGAAUCAUUCAUAUGGCAUAAAAUUUGCAGAUUCGAUUGAAUUGUUUUUAAAUUUUUUUAAUUAAAUAUAUAUAAAAAUGUGAAUAAUUGUAGAUAUUGAACAAAAAAAAAAAAAACAUAUAUUUAUUAUAUAGAAAAAACGAAUAAUGUUUAUUAAAAAACUAUGUUUAUAGAAUUAAUUUGCAGAUGUAAUAAAUCGUUUAAAUUCAAAUGAAAAAAAAAUACAACUAAACAGAAAAAAAUGGCAAGGGAACCAAAAAUUGUGCUGUGCACAAUUUUAAAUAAUUUUUUUUUUUCAAUAAUAUUAUAUUGUAGACUAUAUUGCAUUAUAAAAAAAAAUUUAAAUCCUAUACAUGUAAA